ACACACACACACACACACACACACACACACACCUUAAGAAGCUGGUAGGAUGUAAUUCUGCACCGGGGAUGGGGAGGAGAACACACUGGGAGCAGGGAAAGAGCAGAGAAACUCGGUUUGUGAAUGAAUAAUUCUAUAAAGAACGCCGGCAGCAGGACAUAGAUCAUAAUGUGGACACUGACUUCCCUUCAAACAUGGACCCAGUCGCAGUAAACAGAUGGCAAGUGCAUGUCUUCCAGAAAAGUUUUCCAGCAUUGCAACAAGUCAAUGGAUCUACACGUGUCAGACUCUAACCAUCCUGCCAACAUGGACCGAGUGAGCAGGAAUAAAGUGGCACACGAGCGUCAAACACACCAGGUCUUACAGAGCACUCCUUUAGACCUGAUUGAAACAGGCAAGUCCUUGAAAGUCCAGGCAGAGCGCCCCCACCUGGUGAGUUUGGGAAGUGGACGCCUGAGCACAGCCAUCACUCUGCUGCCACUGUUGGAAGGAAGAACAACUCUGGGCAGCGAUGGGACAGAUAUCCCCCUGCAGGGUCCAGGUGUCUCACCUCAGCACUGCUACAUUGAGAACCAGGCAGGCAGCAUCACCCUGCACCCGUGUGGAAACCAGUGCUCUGUGGACGGGCUCCCAGUCACCAAACCCCACCGCCUCACUCAAGGGUGCAUGCUGUGUUUCGGUCAGUCUGCCUUUUUCCGCUUCAACCAUCCCGAGGAGGCUCAGAGGAUGAAGAGCAUGCUGCCCGGUGGGAGUCUCAGACCACACACCACGAAGCCGCUCCCCUCAGAUCCCCGCGGCGUCCCAAAUGGAAACCACGAGUCCUUCUCCAGCAGCAGCGACGCCAAACUCGGCAGCGUGGUAAAAAACCUGCAGGAGACCCUGGUGCUGAAGGGGUCCUCGUCGUCCUCGUCAGCGUUUGGUAAACAGCCCCUCCAGAUGUCUCCUGCAGAUGUGUUGAAUGGAAGAAACAGCUCCACAAGUUCCCUCUACGACAACAGCUGCAGCGUCCCUCUGAGUCAGAGCAACAAAACCCCCACCGCACCAGUUCGGACCGCUCGGACCAGCCAAACCCCUGUUCCAUAUCCACGGUCAUCGCUGUCCGUGGGUUUUAUGGGGACUGGUGGGACUCAGAGGACCCAAGAAAGUCCAAAGCCUCUUAGACAUAUGAUGGGCGAGGCCACCUCAAGCCCCAAACCACAUGUCAGGGGGCCAGAAAACUCAAGCCUCAGUCACAAAACAUCCUCCGUCAAGUUUUCCCCCGCAGCUCCAUCCAGCCCUCGAUUAAGGGGUCCCCCCCUCCAGAGGAGAUCCCCCAGCCCAGUGAGGGAGCAGGGUCAGGUCCCUCAAAGGAUGACUGGAUCCACCAGCUCCAGCCUGGACUUGUCCUGCAGAGGGACUUUAGGAUCUCCAGGGGCCCCUGAGAGUCCUCAGUGGCAUCGAACACUUGCACCUCCUUCUAAAGCACCGUUUACACUCAGUCCACCGUCUCUCCACGGACUGGAGGAGGAGUCAGGGAGCAGGGUGCCACAGCUCGGCCCGGCAUGUGCCAUCACAUCAGGCUCAGUAUCUGCCCUGUCUCCUCUUCCCAGCCCUCACAGCCAAAGGAAGACCCCCUCCCUGAGUGUGAAAGGAUCCCUCAGCAGGGAAGGGAAUCUUGUGAAACCUUACACCCGGGAACGCAAAAACAGCAUCUCCGAGAUCAGCGAUAACGAGGACGAGUUGCUGGAAUACCACCGCUGGCAGCGGGAGGAGAGGCUGCGGGAGCAGGAAAUGGAGAAACUGGAGCGGCAGAGACUGGAGACCAUCCUGAGUCUGUGCGCCGAGUAUAAUCAAGAUGACAGCGCCACAGAGCUGGUGAGGAGUGGGUUGCUGGGGGGCGCCAGAGGAGCGGGCUCAGAGACGGGAGGGGGGACGUAUCUGCAGGGAGGUCAGAGGGUGAAGGAGGAUGAGGAGAUGCAGAGAGAGGAGUCUAGCAGCACGGAGAGCACACAUCAAGAGUGUGAAGAGCUGUUAGCCAGGCAGGAGCAGGUCUACCUGGAGGAGGAGCGGAAAAGGAUCCUGGUCAGGGUUGAUGGCCUGAAGCACAGAGUCGGUGAACUGGAGCAGCAGCUACAAGAGACCAAACAGGAGGUGGAGAUGGAGCAGGCCCUGCUGCAGGCCGAGAGGCGUGCCGAGCAGGAGCAGGUGGAGGCGGAGAAGGAGAUCAUCUCUCAGCUGCAGCUCCAACUCUGCCAGCUGGACAAGACCACCCAGAGAGAGAAGGACAAGGGGAGAGCUAAUGUGUCGGCUGAACGGAAGGUCCUGGAAAAGCAGAGGAAUGAGUACAAUGAGCUGAAGAGGCAGUUUGAUAAGUGCCCUUUGUCUCUAAGGGAACAGUUACAGGAGCAGCUCAGCAGGACAGCCGAAGCUCUGGAGUCUGGGACCAAACAGUUUGAGGAGCUGGAGUUCUGUCAGCUGGAGGAGGAGAGCAGUCUGGAGGAGAAGAAGGAGGCUCGGUGCUCGCAGCUCCUCCAAGAACGAGCCGAGUAUCACUGCAGUGUGGCCAGAAGGAAGGAGAAGAUGGCUGCUCUUGAAGCUCAGGUGAAGCAGCUGGGGAUGCAGGUGUCUCAAGACUGGGAGAAGAUGGAAAGAGACAAGAUGGCAGCGCUGCAGUUGCUACACAAGGAGCAGGACAGGCUGUGUGUCCUGGAGACCAGGUACCACACUCUGACAGGAGGGAGGAGCUUCCCAAAGUCCAGCAGCAGCAUGAAAGAGGAGUUGCUUCACAUCAGCGAACCUGACCUUGUUUAUGUGGAUGGUCCUCCUCAUAGCCCCUGUCCCUCCUCUGCCUUCUCCUCCUCCUCCUCCCACAUCCCCUCCCCUGAUCUCUGUCCUGUCAGGCUGCAAGAGGAGUACCUCAGGCUGUCUGAUGUCUAUAGGAUGUACGGAAGUGCUUCCCUGCAGCCUCCCUCCUCCUCCCCCGCCGCUCUCCACUGCCUCUCCCUCACUGUGUCACCAGCUCUGCCCUGUGAGGAGUACAUCACAGUCAGUCAGUUAAGCCAGAUCUUUGGGAUGCAGAGAGCUAACCCCUCCUCUUCCUCCUCUACUCCAUCAUUCCAUCUUGCCUCGUCUGAAUCUGCCUUCCCGGGUCACUUGGCUGCACGUGGCCCUUCCUCUUUUCUUUCUGCACAGAGCCAGCCUGAGCUCAGCAGGAAUGUAAUGCCUCCCAUUAAUCUUGAGCGCUGGUACCAGGACAUCAUGGCUGCUGGAGAUCCUCAGUCAUGUCCUCCACCUCUGCCUGCAAAGUCUUUUUCCACACGCAGACACGGGCAGAUGUUGAAGUCCAGAUCCGAUGGCGAGGUUGGGCAGGGAAGCGCUCCGAGUUUCAGCGCUGCCAUCCUGUCACACUCCGGCAGCGCGACGCAUGAGAAAAACUCACCUUCCACGUUCAUGCCGAGAGAGAAAAACCCAUUAGACGUGGACUCCAGGAAACAAGUGGCUCUGCAGUGCAACGAUCCCUCUCCGACAGUUCAUCACUCCAUCCUGCAUCAUCAGUCGCCACCGGGUGGUAACCAGGCCUACGACACCCUGAGCCUGGAGAGCUCAGACAGCCUGGAGACGAGCGUCUCCACCGGCAACUCCAUCUGUGCCCCGGAAAGCUCCUGUGGGCUGGAGGCCCAGAGGAUAGAGGAGAUGGAGAAGAUGCUGAAGGAGGCGCAGCAGGAGAAAGCCAGGCUGAUGGAGAACAGAGAGAGGGAGGUGCAGGCUCGGCGGCAGAUGUUGGAGGAGGAGCGGAGGAGGCGAGAGGAGGCCGAGAGGAGGCUUCAGGAUGAGGCGGCCCACAGGCGGAGGCUGGUGGAGGAGGAGGUGAAGAUGAGAGAGAAACACUUCUCUCAGGCUCGUCCAAUGACGCGUUAUCUGCCGAACCGCAAGGAGGAGUUCGACCUGCGAGCGCACGUGGAGUCGUGUGGCCACAGCAUCGACACCUGCCCCUUCGUCAUCCUCACAGAGAAGAUGUGUAAAGGCCACCUGGUGAAGAUGGGCGGGAAAAUCAAGUCGUGGAAGAAACGCUGGUUCGUUUUUGACCGUCUCAAGAGGAACAUCUGUUAUUACAUCGACAAGCAUGAGACCAAGCUGAAGGGGCUCAUCUACUUCCAGGCCAUUGAAGAGGUUUAUUAUGAUCAUCUACGCAGCGCCGCCAAGAGCCCCAAUCCAUCUCUGACCUUCUGUGUGAAAACCCACGACCGACUUUACUUCAUGGUGGCUCCGUCUCCAGAGGCCAUGAGGAUCUGGAUGGAUGUCAUAGUGACGGGUGCAGAGGGCUACACGCAGUUCAUGAGCUGAGAGGCCGCCGGGGGACAUCGGGUUUGGAUGAUGGUGGAGACGGAGCGAGGGAUCAGAUGUUUGCAACCUGAUCCCACGCCCUGACGGUGUGGGACUCAUUGAUCUCACGAGAAGCCCGACGCCUUCCAGUGAAUGAGGGCUAAAUGAGGACAGAGGUGCAGUUAAGAUCUAUUUAUAGCUCAGCAAUGAGUUUAACACAGAUAUAUACAGAAACAUUUAUAGUUGGAGCAGAUAUCGGUACAUCUACGAACAAUGAAGCCAAAACGUUUAAUCACUACAAUAUACUUUGUGAAAAUUCAGGUGAAACAAAUUCAAGGUUUCUUAAAUUUUUUUAAAAAACUGUUUACAACUUUAAACCAGAUACACACUUU